CGGCAAAUCCUAGAAAGCCUUAGAAGGAUGAAGAGCCUCCUGCUGAAGCUGCUACUGUGUGUAGCCCUCGCCGCCGCCUUCCCUACAGAUAAACAAGAUGCACCCACAGGAACCAGUGAGGAGAUGGCUGAGAACUACUUGAAGAAAUUCUACAGUCUCGGCACCGAGGGGGGACCAGUUGGGAGAAAGAAAAACAACCGUCCUUUCACUGAAAAGCUCCAGCAGAUGCAGAAGUUUUUUGGCUUAAAGGUGACGGGGAUACUGGACAGUAAGACAAUAGAAGUCAUGCAGAAACCCAGGUGUGGAGUCUAUGAUGUUGGGCAGUACAGCACCGUCCCAAAAAGUUCUGCAUGGCAGAAAACUGAUCUGACCUACAGAAUCAUAAACUUCACUCCUGACCUGCCCCAGGCCGACGUGGAGGCUGCCAUUCAAAGAGCUUUUAAAGUCUGGAGUGAUGUGACACCUUUGACCUUCACCAGAAUCUACAAUGAAGUAUCAGAUAUAGAAAUCUCAUUUUCAGCUGGAGAUCACAAAGACAAUUCUCCUUUUGAUGGACCUGGUGGCAUUUUAGCCCACGCCUUUCAGCCCGGCAACGGCAUUGGUGGAGAUGCCCAUUUUGACGAAGAUGAAUCCUGGACCAAGACCAGCCAAUUGUACAAUCUGUUUCUUGUUGCUGCCCAUGAAUUCGGACACUCCUUGGGGCUUUCUCAUUCCACUGAUCCAGGUGCCUUGAUGUAUCCAUCUUACUCAAGUACCGACCCCAAUGCAUUUCAGCUUCCUCAGGAUGAUAUAAAUGCUAUACAGUAUCUAUAUGGAAAGUCUUCCAAUCCAGUCCAACCAACCGGCCCAACCACUCCUACCAUAUGUGAUCCCAACGUGGUUUUCGAUGCUGUCACCACCUUGAGAGGAGAACUGAUUUUCUUUCUUAACAGGUUUAUAUGGAGAAAGCAUCCCCAAGCAUCCGAGGCUGAACUCAUGUUCGUGCAAACAUUCUGGCCAUCACUGCCCAACGAUAUCGAUGCUGCCUAUGAAAAUCCUAUAACGGAGCAGAUCCUUGUGUUUAAAGGAGCAAAAUAUACAGCUCUCAACGGCUUCGAUGUAUUGCCAGGCUACCCCAGGAACAUCUACAGCCUGGGAUUCCCAAAGACCGUGAAGAGAAUCGACGCAGCUGUUCAUAUUGAGCACCUCGCGAAAACAUAUUUCUUUGUGGCUAAUAAAUAUUGGAGUUAUGAUGAAGAUAAACAGCAAAUGGACAAAGGCUUUCCAAAACUAAUAAGAGACGAUUUCCCAGGAAUCCCUGAGAAAAUUAAUGCAGCCCUUUAUUAUAGAGGUCGCCUGUAUUUCUUCAUUGGACGGGUCCAGUUUGAAUACAACCUCAACACUAAGAAAAUUGUACAGGUUUUGAGAAGCAACAGCUGGUUGGGCUGCUAACACCACAGACUCCCUGCUCUCUCACCACAGACUCCCUGCUCUCUAAUAGAGGACAAUAUUGACAGCGACUGUUGCUCAUUUCUGCAGCUGUCAGUAGUUUCCAUAUCAUUUCAAUUCAAUGCAACUUUUGGGUUUAUUUAAUCAUUAUUAAUUAAUAUUUUAUACUACUUUUUCUUUAAUAAAUAUUUUUUGUUU